UCUUCGACAAAAUGGCGGCCACAGCAUCCUGCCUGUGAAUGCAAUUCUGUUUUGGAAGUUUCUGUAAAAGUAUCGUGCUGCUUUAGGCGAUUUGCACGUUCGGUAGUUUUGCGGUCAACUCUCGGAACGCUACCGUGAAAAUGACUCGAGUUUACAUCGGUCACCUGAGCUACCGGGUGCGGGAGCGGGAUCUGGAAAAGUUCUUCCGGGGUUUUGGGAAAAUCCGCGAGGUGCUUCUCAAGAACGGAUUCGGGUUUGUGGAAUUUGACGACGACCGUGACGCAGACGACGCAGUGUACGAGCUGAACGGCAGAGAACUAGACGGAGAAAGAGUGGUCGUCGAGCUGGCUCACGGAACGGCACGCCGCGCCCCGGCUGCGCGCAGUUAUAUGGACACUCCGGUCAACAGGUACGGCCCGCCGACGCGGACGGAUUACCGCGUCAUCAUCGAGAACCUGAGCAGCCGCAUCAGCUGGCAGGACCUGAAGGACCGCAUGCGCCAAGUCGGGGAUGUGACUUAUGCCGAUGCCCAUCGCAGGAAGCGCAACGAAGGCGUGGUGGAGUUUGCAUCGUACAGCGACAUGAGGCGAGCCAUUGACAAGCUGGACAACACCGAGCUGAAUGGACGCCGCAUCAGAGUGAUCGAGGAGAAGCCCAUACGCAGACCUGACAGCCGCAGCAGAAGCCGCAGACGCUCCCGGAGCCGUUCUCCCAGGCGCCGUCGCUCCCGCUCUGCCUCUCGCCACAAGAGGAGUCGCAGCCGUAGCCGCAGACGCUCCCGCACCCGGUCUCCGACGCCGGCCAAGCGCAGCAGACGCUCGCGCUCGGCUUCGGCCUCGCGUAGCCGAUCUCGCACACCGCGCCGAGCACACUCCAGGUCACCCCGCCGAUCGCGUAGCGGUUCUCGUCGUAGCAGACGAGGCUCUAGCGACUCCCACUCCAAGAGCCCCGUGGCAAAGCGCAAGUCACACAGCCGAUCGCGGACGCCCAAGAAGCAGAAGGCAGCCAGCCGUAGUCGAUCGCGAUCGGCUAGCAACCGGAAGCAGCUGAGCCGUAGCCGUUCCCGGUCGGCCAGCAACAAGAAGCGCCAGAGCCGCAGCCGUUCGCGGUCGGCCACCAACAAGAGGCGCGUGAGCCGUAGCCGCUCGCGGUCGGCCAGCAAAAAGAAGCGUCAGAGCCGUAGCCGUUCCCGGUCGGCUAGCACCAAGAAGCGUCUGAGCCGCAGCCGCUCACGAUCGGCCAGCAAUCGUAAACAGAAGAGUCGCAGCCGCUCAACGUCGGUGAAGGGUCGGAAGUCGCGUAGCCGCUCUGUGGGAAAGAACAGGAAGUCGCCGGUUAGCCGUAGUCGGUCUAGGAGCCGUAGGUCGCGUAGUCGUUCCCAGUCGAAGGGGGAGAAAGCGCUAUCUCGUAGCCGAUCACGAUCGAAGACUCCAUCAUGCAAAGAGCGCCAGAGCCGCUCGCAGAGCCGCCGGAAAACCAAGGACAGUUCGAAGUCGCCCAAACGAGCGUCCAGCCGUAGCCAUAGCCGCGGCAAGUCAGGCUCACCCAAGAAGGGGGAUCAGAACGGGAAGGUGGCGAGGAGGAAGAGUGCGUCACGAAGUCGAUCGCGGUCGGCUUCGCCCAGGGCCGCAGCUGGCAAAAGUCGAUCGGGGUCUCCUCGUUCCCCGAAGAGGGGUUCACGUAGCCGUAGCAUUUCGGCUGACCGUAGCCGGGAGAACGGACGCAACUGAUCUUCGCUCUAACACUGGGGUAGUGGAGCGUCAUUUUUUGGAGGGAGGGGUCAAACAUUUUGGAGAGAGCAGCCCCCACGCGCGCGUCUGCUAUGGCCGAGCAUAGUUUUCACAGGACGUCAAAGUCCAAUCUCGCGCGCGUUUGGUUUGUCUAACCAUUUUUCUCGGAGCGAAGUGCAUUGUUUAUUUUGUCAUGUCCCUCUCAUUGUAAGAAUAUCAAAAAUCGGGAGAGGUUUUUGUGUUUUUUUUUUUUUUUUUUGUGGUCCUACAUUUUCUUUUGAUAGCUGAAGAUGAAAACUGUUUUUUUUUUUUUUCUUGCACUGUAGCAGGCUUGCAUGUGUGCCCAUCAAUAAAGUCAUUUGGUCCUUUU